AUGUUCCCUUUCCUAGUCAACCGCUGGAACCUCCGUGGAAAAGCUGUGGGCUCAGAUCUAGGUCGAGGAAUGUUCCAAUUCCGGUUUGACCUAGUAGAAGAUCUUCAACAGGUGCUAGAAAAUGGACCAUACCACUUUGACCAGUGGAUGAUCAUCCUUCAGAAAUGGGAACCCAUAAUCUCUAAGAACUUUCCAUCACAAAUCCCGUUAUGGGUGGAGAUACAUGGUUUGCCAAAACACUUUUGGCAAACAGAGAUGUUGUCAGUUAUAGGAGAAGAACUUGGCCAAGUUCUCCAAACUGAUAUUACCCCAGCCACUGCGAAAGUCAGAGUUCUCUUGAAUGGCCUUCAACCCCUAACAAAAGAGUCAGUUGUGGAGUUCGCAAAUGGUGAGGAGAUAGUUGUCACUCUAGAUUACAAAAACCUGAAGUCUCACUGCCACCAUUGUCAUCACCUAACGCAUGAAACAAAGCAAUGUCCAGGCCUCCUAACCAAAAAAGAAGCUUCUCCACCGCCACCUGAUUAG